AACGCUCACGAGAAGAAGACAAACACAAACAUCGCAUCGCAAAAAAAUAAAAAUAAAGGCUCGUCGUCGUUGUUUUUCGUAUCGUCGCAAAAAGGAAGUGUUCUCGCUCGAAAGUUAUUGGCCAAAUCAGAGCCAUUAAAUUUGUGAUUAAAUCUUGGAAAACUGCAUUCGAACGGGUCAAGACAAACCGUUCGUGAUACGGUGCGGAACGUUAAGAGCAGGAAGUGAAAUUCAUCGGAAUAAAAACCAAAAGUUUACUUUUUCCCCGUCUUCGAAGCUGUCGUCGUCGAGAAAGAAACCAUUUUGAGCCCAGGCCAGAGGAAAGAACGUUAAUUUCAUCAGCUGUUUUUCGGCUAGCCAAAAAGCUUAUCAAUCGUUUCGUUUCGAUUGUGCUAAAAAGGGACAACUUCGCCACCGCUGCGACAAACGGAGUGGAAUCCGGAGGAGGAACGCACAAAAGCAGAUAUCGAGUUUAUAUAUAUCACGUUAACGUUGUAAAUAGUAGAAUAAGGUUACUUAGACGAUUCAUCUUCACCGAGUUCAACGAUAAAUCCCCAAAAUGAGCCUCUCGUCUCGGUCUGAUAUCGACGAGGGUGGAUUCUUCGUCAAUUUCAAUCAGGACUGCACUUCCCUGGCAGUUGGAUCCAAAAAUGGUUACAGUCUUUUCGCGCUGAACUCAGUGGAGGACAACCUCGAUCAGAUCUAUUCCAGCUAUGGUGAAGAAAUUCGUCUGGUCGAACGUCUCUUCUGUAGCUCGCUGGUCGCCGUCGUAUCCCUAUCCGCUCCCCGAAAGCUGAAAGUGUGCCACUUCAAGAAGGGUACGGAAAUUUGCAACUACUCGUACUCGAACACCAUUCUGGCCGUGAAGCUGAACCGAUCCCGACUGGUCGUAUGCUUGGACGAAAGUCUGUACAUUCACAACAUUCGCGACAUGAAAGUGGUCCACACCAUCCGAGACACCCCACCAAACAAGACUGGACUGUGCGCCCUGGCAUCGAAUUCCGACCAUUGCUACCUGGCCUACCCGGGAAGUGCCACGGUCGGAGAAGUUCAAAUAUUCGACGCCGUUAAUCUACACGCCAAAACGAUGAUCUCCGCUCACGAUUCGCCUCUGGCUGCGAUUGCGUUUAGCCAGGCAGGUACGGAAAUUGCCACGGCCAGCGAGAAGGGCACGGUGAUCCGGGUGUUCUCCGUGAACGAUGGCUCGAAACUGUUCGAAUUUCGCCGAGGUGUGAAACGGUGCGUCUCGAUAGCAUCGCUUGCGUUCAGCACCUGCUCGAAGUAUCUGUGUUGCAGUUCCAACACGGAAACGGUUCAUAUUUUCAAACUGGAAAGGACCACUCCGGAGAGCAAUGAUGACCAGGGCAACAGGGAUCACUGGAUGGGAUAUAUAAGCAGGGCGGUGAGCAGUUAUUUACCGCUGGCUCUGCCCUCGCAGGUGACGGAUGUAUUCACGCAGGGCAGGGCGUUUGCCUCGGCCGUGCUUCCAGUGGCGGGUCUCAGACAUUCCUGUGUUAUUUCCACAAUCCAGAAAACGUUAAAACUUUUGGUAGCGUCGCAAGAUGGCUAUCUGUACGUGUACCAGCUUCCCUUGGAGGGCGGUGAGUGUCAGCUUGUCAAGAAGCACGAUCUCCGAACCAUCGAACCCGCAAACACCACCCGGCCAGAGUCCCUGCCCAUUGGUGUUCCGAAUGCUUCCCCAGUGGGGGGCAGUGGUGCCAGCUAUGCGGCCGCCGUCAAAGGUGGGUCAGCCUCUGGCGGUAGCAGUGGCCAGCCAACGAACACCGCCACCGCCGCCGGGGGAUCGAUCGAGGACGACCAACAGCAAUAAAAAGGACCACGGCGACGAUGGGCAGCGAAUUGAGACGACGUGUUGUAGUGGGGCGAAUCUAGGUUGUAAGUGUGUGACGGCUUUUCAUGCAGGAUUCUAGGGAGAUACAAGGUACUGAUCUUCGCUUAGCAGAUUUAAUACCCCGGAAAAGGGGUAAAGACCUACUUGGGCACCUCCGGGAUUUGCUUUGGUAUUGGGGUUUUUAAUAGCUUUCAAAAAACCCACCUGCCGAAGUCAAUCAAUAGUGCCGGUAAUAGGAUAUGUCUCCCAUUUACGCAAGCAAACCAGAGUGUAACAUAUUUUUAAAGUUUAUAUUAUUUUCAUACCUCGUGCUGGAGGAUAAAUGUUUUACCCAACUUUGAUUUACGAAAAUAAAGAGUUUAUCCCACAAGUUUGAACAUUUCCAGUCCUUUCUGUAGGAAAAAAAUGUCCAGCUCUGUGCUGCACCGCUAAUGAGCAGAAAAUCAGACAAGACCUUUUGUUAUUUUGGGAGUGCAUUUUUUUCUGGGUUGGUGCCUUUGAAGAUCCAUCUUGAAUUCAUUUGUUCUUCUAUGAAAUUCGCAUCACAACGCCACCUAUGCAGCAACAAUUUCUAACUAUAUUUUAUCAAUUGAAUUGAAGUGCAAAUGGAUCCACGAUAGGUUUCCAAAGACAUCAACCAGAAAGAAAUGCACUCCCCAAAAAAGCUAGAGGUUUUGUAAGGCUAAAUUCUGUUCCUGGCUCAAUGUACAUUGCACUUAUAGUCUAUAAUAAGCUUCCAUGCGAUUUCGCAACUAUAUGCCAUUCAACACUUUCGAUUUGAUUGCGUCAAAUUUUACGUUGGACCAAUUUCAAAACGGCUUUAUAGAUUUAGCCUUCGCUCCGAUUUGGUAAAUCAAAACCCUAACACUUUAUAUUCAUAUCGACGUUGAAGGCAUACACAUCUACAACUUUCGAACGUUCGUAGGCGGAAUCAGUAUCUAUGCGAGUGUCUGGCAAUAGCGUAAAUAGGUGAAAAGGUACCCGUAACACAAUUCAGAUUUUUACUUUGUGAUAUUGUAGAAGCCCAUCGGCAUAUGCGUCUAGGCAUCUAGGGGACGACUUUCCCAAAUACUGAAGAAAACAGCAAAAAAUAUAUAUAUCUAGCCGACGAAAUAAAGUUUUCGGCAUUUGCGUGGUUCGAAAAAGUUCCCACAGAGGAAUCAGAGCGACGCCUAAUCAAUAGGAAUCGUUUAUUGGCGUUAAUCAAUAGGUAUUUAGCCAACAAGAUUCGCAGAUCGUUUAUAUUCUCUACACUUUCUUGAAAGAUUGAAAUGAAAUGAAACGACUGAGCCGGUCAGUCCCUCCCCUUAUAUACGCCUAGGAUUAUUGAUUGUGCUUAGGAUUUUUAAUUUUGUAAGAUCUACGUAUCGUGUAGGAGGGAGGAUGUUCAGACGGUGAGGAUGUCUGGAAUACCCUCCGUAGGGUAGACAGAGUACAGAAAACGGAAUACACAUAUUUGUGCCAGAGAGUGCGGCGAAUGCUACCCUUGAAGCGUAUGGCCAAGUGACGAAGAAUGAAACGGAAACAAAAAGAGAGUGCAAGGAAAAAAUGUUUUAAGUAGUAGCGAAAGUAAGUUGUACUUCAUAUAUGAUUAUUUAAAUGAUUAAAGAUAUAAAAAGUCA